CACAAACGAGGCAGUAGUCGAACUACCUGUAUGGAUCUGACCUUGCUGCGUCCUUAUUUUUUCUCUGUGGGUUUAUUACUGUGUUCAACUUUGGUUUGUCUAGGAACAGGAGCCAAACAAUUCAACAUAGGACUAUUAAUUUGACUGUGGAUGUGCUUUUGAGAGAGAGAGCGUUGAGGUAUAAAUAUAACUGAAUCUGUUUAUUUGCCUGUCCGAGUGCUAUGUUCCAGUUUCUUUACAGACCAGGACCCAGCUUCCUUUUAGUCCUACUGUACUAUACCACUUCUUGUCAUGGAGACAACAUUCUCAUGCUGCCGUAUGGAGCAAUUCACACCUCCAGAGCUAUGAAUAUGGAGAAGUUGGCCUUGAUGUUGACUGAACAUGGCCAUAAUGUGACCAUGAUAGUCAGGGCCGACUACACACCCUGGCGACCCCUACCCGGCGUUGUAUUGGAUGCGUAUAGCGUUACCGUCACAGACGGAUCACAACCACCUCAGCUAUUGGAUUUCAAAACAAUGAUGCGGUUGGUGAAAUCCGACAUUUUUACUCUACUCUAUAUACUAUCCGAAUCUAAUCGCGAAACUUGUAAACACAUGUUGUCUGACAAACAACUUAUGAAUAAUAUCAAAAGAGGAAACUUUUCUUUGUUCAUAUUUGAUUAUUUGGAAUUAUGUUCUGCAAUACUCGUGCAUUAUUUACAGCUCCCAUCUGUCAUGUAUUCAAACUUUGGGUUAACGGGUUUGUGGAUUGUAAAUCAAAAUCCCGUGAAUCCAGCAACAACUCCUAUGAAUAGCGUGGGCUUUACAAACAAUAUGAACUACAUGGAGCGCUUCAGAAAUACAAUGCUUUGGAUAGCUGCAAAUACAUUUUAUAACUACUAUUACAUUAGAGACAUAAGAAAUCUACUGUCAACGUUUCUGCCCGAUUAUAACUUUCCUCCAAUUCAUCGAUGCUUUGAAAACGUCUCUAUUAUUAUCGCAGCCAAUACUCAUUAUGCCCUUGACUUCCCUAGACCUAUCAUGCCUCAUAUAAAAACAAUAUCCGGGCUACAGUGGACCUCGCCGCGCCCUCUAUCGUCCGAUCUUCUGUCUUUCAUGUCAUCUGCUCAUCAUGGGGUUAUACUAAUGAGUUUUGGAUCUAUGAUGCCGACGUUGGAAGAGGAGACAGCAGAACUAUUUGCUAAGGUAUUUUCCAAGUUUCCACAGAAAGUAUUAUGGCGAUACAAAGGACCUGUUCCGCCAUCUUUAGGGGAAAACACCAAGAUCAUGGAGUGGAUUCCACAAAACGACAUUCUAGCCCAUCCCGCCAUGAAGCUGUUCAUCACGCACUGCGGUAUCAGCAGCACGUGGGAGACGCUGUUCCACGCUGUGCCCGUGGUAGCAGUGCCGCUUUUUGCAGACCAGCAUCAUAAUGCAGCUAAAUUGGUGAAAAGGGCAAAAAUCGGGGUUUUAAUCGACUUUCAUACAAUGACACAGAUAGAGCUAGAGGAAGCAAUCAACCAGGUACUAAGUAAUGAGAAAUACAAACAAAAUGCGGCAAAGAUGUCCGAAAUUUUACAAGACGUUCCAAUAUCUGGAAAGGAUGAAUUUUUAUUCUGGGUUGACUACGUAAUCCGCCACCGUGGUCCAUUAUUUCUUCAUAAUGAGGCAGUUUUCAAACUGUCAUGGUACCAGUAUUAUCUUCUAGAUAUAAUCUUGCCACUUGUCGCCGCAUUUCUUUGUGUCUCUUAUCUGUUGAAGGUUUUCGCUGUAUGUAUGUUUAAGGCGGCUGUACGAGUAAUUAGACUCUUGCUGAAGAGAGUUAAACUUAAGCGUUCGUAAUGGUAGUUAGGCGCCGACCAACCUUUGAUAUUUUAUAUUUUAUUGAUAAAACGCUUUUUAAGACAUGUUCCCUGGAUAAUAUCACCUUUAUUAGCAUAUGUAACUGCUUUAAAUUCACAGUGUUUGCCGUGACAGCUGAAGCAAUG